AUAAACCAAAAUAAAUAUCAGCAACAGUUUUAUCGUCCAGCCCAAGUUGUAGUUUCUUGUAGCUAACAUGAGCUCGGAAAAGAAAGUGGAACGCCGUGAAGAAGAUAACGGUGACGGUCACAUAGGGAAGUCGUCGAUGGAAGUUGUACGUACGGUGACGGAAGAAGAGGUGGAUGAGUUCUUCAAGAUAUUACGGAGAGUACACGUGGCGACCAGGACGGUUACGAGAGCUAACGGCGGUAUUGAAACCCGAGAGUUAACGUCUAAGAAGAGGAAACGGAGUCAGAGGCUUGGAUUGAGGAGCUCAUUGGAUAGUAACGGCGUUCGAGACGGAGAAUUAGAAGGAAUAGAUCGGGUCGGGUUACGGAACUCGGGUUUGGAUCUUAACUGUAAACCGGAACCCGACGCAGUUAGCUUGUAAUCUUUCUUCAUAUUUUUUCCUACUUCUUUCAAUUAUCAAUUUUUAAUA